GAGGAGGGACCGGAGGUCCGGAAAAGCCUUCAGAUCCUUCCAGAAAUAAUUCGCUCCGUGAUCGCCGUGCAGACCCUGAUCGGCGGAGCGCUCCUUUCUCCUUUCCCCUGUUCUGGGCAGUCACACACUUCCCCCGCUCCACUGUGCUGUGUAGAGGCGCCCAAGAUGGUGGCGGACUGCGGGCAGUAGCGCGGGUAGGGGAGAAGCGUUGAUGUGCAUCGGUCUGGGACUGCGUGGGUCUGCCACAACACCCCUUCCCCAGCAUGAGCAACAUCUACAUCCAGGAGCCCCCCACCAACGGCAAGGUUUUGCUGAGAACUACAGCAGGAGAUAUUGAUAUAGAAUUGUGGUCUAAAGAAGCACCAAAAGCAUGUCGAAAUUUCAUCCAGCUUUGUAUGGAAGAGUAUUACAAUAAUACAAUAUUUCACAGAGUAGUGCCGGGUUUUAUAGUGCAGGGAGGUGAUCCCACUGGUACCGGCUCAGGUGGAGAUUCAAUCUACGGAGCACCCUUCAAGGAUGAGUUCCAUUCACGAUUGCGAUUUAAUCGAAGAGGACUUGUUGCAAUGGCAAAUGCUGGACCCCAUGAUAAUGGCAGUCAGUUUUUCUUUACACUGGGCCGUGCAGAUGAACUUAAUAACAAGCACACGAUCUUUGGAAAGGUUACUGGAGAUACUAUAUAUAACAUGCUGCGGCUAGCUGAAGUGGAAGUUGACAAAGAGGAAAGACCACUCAGUCCACAUAAAAUAAGAAGUAGUGAGGUUUUGUUUAAUCCAUUUGAUGAUAUUGUUCCAAGACCAAAUAGAAAGCUGAAGAAGGACAAACCAGAAGAAGAAGAUAAGAAGCCCAAAGUAAAAGGCACAAAAAAUUUUAACUUGCUUUCAUUUGGGGAAGAAGCUGAAGAAGAAGAGGAGGAAGUCAGCAGAGUUAGUCAGAACAUGAAGGGAAGGAGUAAAAGUAGUCAUGACCUACUGAAGGAUGAUCCACAUUUGAGCUCAGUUCCUGCUGUCAAAAGUGAUGCAGCAAAUGAAGAGAGUUAUUUGAGUGAGGAGGAAGAUGAAAAUGGUGAAGAUGUUGACAGUGUAGAAGGUGAAGCUGCUAGCAAUGAGAGAUUUCAAAUGAAAGAACGCAUUGCAAAAAAGUUGAAAAUGGAUACAAGUGAAACUGCUAAACUGCAACUUCAAGAGGAAGAAACUAAGAUGGAAAAGAAAAUCACCAGUCGCAGUGAGGAACUACGGAAAGAAGCACGACAGCUGAAACGUGAACUUUUGGAGGCAAAGCAGAAAAAAGAAGAGCAAACUUUAAAACCCAAAGAAAAGGAAGAAGAGGAACAUGCACCAAAUAGUGUUGUUGAAGAAUACCGUCAGGAGAAGAGAAAAUAUGAAGACAAACGAAAGCAGCAGCCCAAGAAAGGAGUUUCCCGUGAAGAUCAGACACUGGCACUGCUGGACCGAUUUAAAUCAAAGUUAACCCAAGCAAUUGAAGAAACUCCUGAAACUGAGGUUUCUGAAUUUGAAGUAGAUACUGAUGAAGGAUGGAUGUCACAUGUACUUCAGUUUGAAGAUAAGAGCAGAAAGGUGAAAGAUGCAAGCAUGCAGGAUGAAGACACUUUCGAGAUCUAUGAUCCACGGAAUCCUGUAACUAAGAGGAGAAGAGAAGAAAGCAAGAAGAUAAUGAGAGAAAAAAAGGAAAGGAGAUAAAAUGAAUGUAAUGCUAGCCAGAGCUGCUUUGAAAAGUGACUGCAAUAAAGCACUGGCUCUUUUGUAAGCUGUAGAUCUUAAAAAUAUCACUGGGCAAGUGUAAAAAGGAAUCUCUCAGGACGCUAUUGUAUGGUUUUGAAUCUGGACUACCAUUUGUUUCUCAAGUUGUGCAUUAAAAUGCUCUCAGUGCAUUCAUUAUCCAAAUUCUGUAAAGCUUUGUGUGUAUUAAUGAAACAACUGACUACUUUGGUCUGUGCUUUAAUUACAGUAGUCACCACCAUAAUUAAAAAGUUUUCAACAUAAAGAAUCAGAUUUUUUUUCAGUAAGGAUAGAAUUAGAAAACAGAAACACCAUUCCAAAAGUAUAAUUAUUAUUAUUGGUUUAUGAGAAGGUGUAUAAACAUUACAGCAGUAGCCACUGACUUCCUGAGCUACUCUGUCAUUGAAUUAAGAUUAUUUAGAAUGGCCCCAUCUUUCUUGAAAGUUUAAUUUGAGGAAUUGGUUAUUUUUUCCUCCUUUUGAAAUAUAUAUUCCAAUACAUAAAUACCAA